AUGACCGAGAAGAUCACGUAUCGAGGCAAUUGCCACUGUGCAAAGUACAGGUUUGAAGUUGAUCUCCCCGAGAUCAAAACAGGAGUAUCGUGCAACUGCGUCGCCUGCUUCAAGACCGGAAUUCUCUGGGCCUUCCCAGCGCAAGGCGAUUUCCGAGUCUCACGCAACGACAGUCUUCUGACGCAGACUCGGCACGGAGCAACGCUCGAACACAAGAUCCGGACACUCCUUGAUGUUAACCCUUUCAAGCUUGAGAUCCAAGAGUCUCACCACCCUGCGGCGAAGCUCACCGAGGCCGAGCCUGCUGUUGACGCGGAAGGCCUGAAGCUCUAUACGGGAAGUUGUACUUGUGGUUCUAUAUCUCUGACCCUCAAGACGAAGCCUCUUCCUGAAGUUGAGGUCAAGGAGGAUAACUGCAGUAUCUGCGUACGGAACGCGUAUGUAGGCGUCUACCCCCAGAAGCCCCAGGUCGAUAUAAUCAAAGGGCAGGACCUCGCGUCGGUGUACUCCUUCGGGCGCAAGUUCAGCGGGAAGCGUUUUUGCGGGUCCUGCGGCGUCAACAUCUGGGACGACCUGUACGGCCCGCCAAAGGAGCUCGUGGCGACGUGGCCUGAGGCCCGGCAGGCCAUGGUCGCACGCAACUUGAGCAUCAGGCCGCUGAGUGUGCGCGCCCUCGACGGAGUGGAGUGGGAUCAGCUCAAGAUCGAGCGAGCGGACGAAGGUACAGAGGGUUAUGUAGUCGACUGA